GGCCCGUUCCCCACUCCCGCUGUGGCACACGCCCGGGCAGCCGCCCCGAGGAGCCCGAGCGCCGCAGCAGCUGCUCGGGGAGGCUGACGCGGCGGGCACAGCCUCAGACCCAGAAAUAGCCGGAGACGCGCAGACCCCACAGCCAGCCGCUCUGCCGGCAGCUCCCCGCCUGCUCCCCGUACCGAGAACCGGAGUCGCCGGGGCCGCCGCGGAGCCGCCGGCCACUGCCCCCCCGCCCGCCUCCUCCCCUCACGGAUGCCGCAGGGCGAACGAAAUUCAAGCAAAUGCUUUGGCCUCUUGUUCCUGUCUGCUGACCACACCAGGGUGGCCAUGACUCAACCCAGCUUCCAGGACUGAGGGGCAGAGCUGGUGAGAGACCUGUCUCAGGCUGAGGCCCCACGACGGCACCAAUGGAGAGCGUGUACUCGGUGGAGCCAGCACCUGACGGUGCCGGCCCCACCUCUCUGGACAUGCUCAGCUUCCUGGACGCCCUGGUGAACAGCACAGAGGAGCAAUGCUUCAGCGCCCGCUCCCGCAGCACCGUCCUGGAAGGGCUGCCGUUCGGUGGCGUGCCCACCGUGCUCGCCAUCAACUUCAUCCUCUGGCUGCUUCUCCUCUUGGUCUUCUCCUGCCUUCGGAAAGCAGCUUGGGACUAUGGGCGCCUGGCACUGCUGAUGGACAAUGAUAGUUUGACGUCGCUUUUCUAUGGAGAGCAGAGCGAGAAGGAGAAGUCCCCAUCGGAGAGCAGCCCCCUGGAUGCCGACAACAAGGACGUGGGAUUCUGCUCCUGGCUCAUUUCCAUCUACCAGAUGAAGGACGAGGAGAUUCAGAGCAAGUGUGGGAUCGAUGCCACCACCUACCUCUCCUUCCAGCGGCACCUCCUGGUCCUGCUGAUGCUGGUCUGCGUGCUCUCCGUGGCUGUCAUCCUGCCUGUCAACUUCUCAGGGGACCUCCUGGGACACAAUCCCACCCACUUCGGCCGGACAACCAUCGCCAACAUCCCGACGCAGGACCGUCUGCUGUGGCUGCACAGCAUCUUCGCCCUCAUCUAUUUCAUCCUCACCAUCCUCUGCAUGGCUCACCACUCCGUCCACCUGGAAUACCGAGAGAAUGAGAAGGUCGCCCGGACACUGAUGGUUACCCACAUCCCCAAAGAGAUCACAGACCCUUCCCUUAUCAUCAAGCAUUUCCACGAGGCUUAUCCCAGCUGCACCGUCACCAAUGUCCAGUUCUGCUUUGAUGUGCGCAAGCUGAUGAAGCUGGAUGCGGAGAGGCGCAAGGCAAUGAAGGGGCGGCUUUACUUCACCACCAAGGCGCAGAAAGAGGGGAAGAUCAUGAUCAAAACCCACCCCUGUGCCCGUAUCUUCUGCUGCCGCUUCUGUGGCUUUGAGCAGGUGGACGCCGAGCAGUACUACGGGGAGCUGGAGGAGAAGCUCACGGAUGAGUUCAAUGCUGAGCGCAACCGCAUCACACUCAAGCGGCUUGACAUGGCCUUUGUCACCUUCCAGGACGAGCGGAUGACGGCUGUGAUUUUGAAGGACUACAGCCACAUCCACUGCCGCAAGCACCCCCAGCAGUCCUCUGUCACCACCGUGGUCAAGUCACACCACUGGGGCGUUCGCUAUGCCCCUGCACCCAGCGAUAUCAUCUGGGAGAAUUUAUCGGUCCGUGGCACAUCCUGGUGGGUGCGAUUCAUCCUCCUUAAUAUCUGCCUCUUCGUCCUUCUCUUCUUCCUCACCACACCAGCCAUCAUUGUCAACACUAUGGACAUGUUCAACGUGACACACCCUGUGGAGAGCCUCAAGAACCCCAUCAUCACCCAGUUCUUCCCCACACUGCUGCUCUGGGCCUUCUCCGUCUUCCUGCCUUUCCUUGUCUACUACUCGGCAUUCUUUGAGUCGCACUGGACGAGGUCGAGUGAAAAUCAGCUCACCAUGCACAAGUGCUUCUUCUUCCUAGUGUUCAUGGUCAUCAUUCUGCCCUCGCUGGGGCUGAGCAGCCUGGACCUUUUUUUCCGCUGGCUCUUUGACACCCACUUUCUGGACGAGGCCGAUAUCAAGUUCCAGUGUGUUUUCCUCCCAGACAACGGCGCUUUCUUCGUCAACUAUGUGGUCACCUCCAGCUUGAUUGGGACGGCCAUGGAGCUGCUGCGCAUCCCGGGCCUCCUUGUCUACACCGCCCGCCUCUGCUUUGCCAAGUCCGAGCCCGAGCGGCUCCACGUCAAGCGGAGCCAAGCCUACCAGUUCCAGUUUGGACUGGAGUAUGCCUGGACCUGCUGCAUCUUCUCCGUUGUCAUGACAUACAGCAUCACCUGCCCCAUCAUCGUCCCCUUCGGGUUGCUCUACAUGCUGCUCAAGCACAUGGUUGACCGGUACAACAUUUACUAUGUGUACAUCCCUACCAAGCUGAACCAGCGCCUCCACGUCGCCGCCAUCAGCCAGGUUGUGGUGGCCCCCAUCCUCUGCAUGUUCUGGCUGCUCUUCUUCUCCGUCCUGCGCCUCGGUCCCACCCGCCCUGUCACCCUCUUCACCUUUGUGGUCCUCCUCUCCUGCAUUGUCUUCUCCUUCUUUGGCCUCUGCCUGAAGAAGCUGCAGCCGCGGAAACCCUCCAGCUACCAGAUGUCUGACCAGUCUGAGGGCACCUUCAAUGAUGUGGAGCGGAGCAGUGUUUCCUCCACCCCCAACUCCAACCUCUUCGUGGCCACCGUCCUGCAGGAGCCCGAGCUGAGCCUGACGCCAGCGGCCUCCCCGGCGCACCAGUCCUACGGCACCAUGGGCAACCACCUGGAGCCAGCGGAGGACGGGGAGGACGGGGGGCUGCAGAGUUUCGAGACAGAGCUGGAGACAGUGGAGGGCGAGUACAGGAGCGGCCCUGUGAUGGAGAGCCAGGCCCGCUACCAGUGAGCACCCCUGUCGCUGGGGCAAGGACCAGCUGUGCCGAGAGCAGAGGACGUGCCGGGGGGCAGGAGGGAGCCUUCCCAGCACUGGUGGGGGCCACCUCGCUGAUGGGGCGGGGGGACGACAGGACUGAUGUGAGGGGGAGACCCCAUUGCAUGGGAGGUGGCGGGAGGCUCUGCUGGUCCCUCCUGCUGCCUGGACCGGCUCAGCCUCCCCCCCUGUUCCCGCAUCCCCACCUGCCUCUUCCAGCCCAUCAUGGGGAAGAAGGGAUGCAGUGGUGUGGGGAGAGGGUCUCUCUGAGAGGCCAUGCUUUUGGGGGCAGGAGGGAGGCCCUGGCCCCUCCGUGAGGGGGAAGCAGCCCAGACAGCUCAGAUGAAUGUGCCUGCCACCACGCUGUCCCAUGGGUCCUCAGUGGCAGGGGACGGCCACCCCUAACCCUCGCUUCCCACCCCUGCUCGCGGCAGCCGUCCCGCUGCCUCCCCUGGUGCCGGCUGUGCAGGUUCUGCCCGUCCCCGCUGCCUCCCCCAAGGCUUUGCCGGUUAAAGCAGGGACUGCUGAGACCUGUGUGCUUUGGUGGGAGGUGAGUGCUCAGGGCUGCUCCCAUGUCUGCCUGAGCACCAGCAGCCCUGCCCUGAGGCAGUCAUCAAAACGCAAGCCCAGCCCUUCCCCACCCUCCCACUCCAUCCCUCCGCUGCCACUGCACCAUGCCUGCACCCUUGAGUCCACGGGCAGGAGCGGGAGAUCAAGGGAUGAGUGUGUUUAAUGGCUGUGAAGGCAGCUCUGCGUCAUCCCGCCUCACCCAGCAGUAUCCCCCCUCAUGCUCUCCAUGGGGCUGGCCGUGGGACCCUGCAUGGCUCCAUCCUUUUGCAACAGAAACGGGGAGGGCAGUGCUGGCAGGACCCCGGCCUCCGGGUACUGGUCCACAGCAUCCUGCCCUCACCCACAAGUCGCAGCCAUGGGAUGCUCCCCCAGCAGCCGCACCACCUCCCAAGUGUGAGUCCUGCUGUGAUCAGUAUAAAUGCGCCGGCUCCUGCCUGGGCAGCAUCCGGGGUUUUCCAGCUCAUCCGCAGCAGCCGUGGAGGCCCCUGGAGAUGAGUGCAGAUCCUCGCCCUACUCGGCCCCUCUCCCACCAGGCUAGCCCGCCUGGGUAUGCUGAUUCCUCGCUUGGCCCUGCUUUGGCCUCGGGGCUGAUUUUCCUCUAAUUUUCCUGCUCCUGAUUUUCCUGCUGGCUUCAGAGCAAUUCUAGCCGCCAUCCCGGGGCCAUCCAGGGAGGGAAGGGACGACAACGCAGCUCUGCUGGCACUAAGGCUGCCAGCAUGGGGAGUGCUGCUGUGUGAAGGCAGACGCUCGGCCAUGGCACCGCUCAGCAUUACUGGUGCUGCAUGGUUGUUCCAGUCCUGGGGGGGGGUUAAAAGGCAGCCCAGCAGCGAGCUGUGGGUCUCUGUUGGACUCAAGUGGGCCCUGGGACAUCCCUGUGGGGCUUGGUGGGUCUCGGCUCAGCUGCCUGGCAGCGCUGUGGUCCCCAUCCCACCCAUGUUCCUGCAUGCUGGGGUGAUGGCUGCGGCAUGCUAGCUGCCAAGUGGUUGCCUCGGGGGGCCUUUGAGCUCAGCCGCUUCCUCCCAACCCCAAAAAGCACCCUGGGGGGCUCACGGCUCCCUGCCCAGGUACCCACAGGGCUGCCCACAGUUCAGCCGCUGCCCUCACUGUCUGCUCCAGGGGCAGCCCCGGCUGGAGCCGGGGGAUGCUGGUGGCCUCUCUCCAGGUGGAAGCAAGUGCCUGCGAGCAGCACCACGUCCUCGGGAGCUCGGGCUGCUGGUCCAAUUGCCCUUGGCUGCCCCGCUGUAGGAAUGUGCCAGAGGUCUGUACCUUCUCGUGAUUUAUUGCUAUGACCGUGCCUUGAAUAAAAUUACUUCACCCA